UAGCAGGUGAAAUAUUUGUAACAUACCGGAAAAAUACCUUGGACUAUAUUAUUUAUAAUAUAGCAGAAAUUCAUUUUAAGAUAUCAAAAGCAAUCAACUCGUUAAGUCAUGCAUAUGGAUUUCAACUAAUAUGCCUAUUGACUUUCAGUUUAACUAAAAUGAUUGAAUGUUUUCAUGACAUGCAUUAUGAUCAGUUUGGUAAUAUCACUAUGGGGCUAAAAAACUUUGUAUGGGCUUUACUUAUUUGUAUUGAUAUGCAUAUGAUAUUCGUUAUGGGAACGAAAGCAGAGAGAGAGGCUGAGGACACUUUAAAAAUUCUUAAUAUGGUGAGAUGUGAUCAGAAGAAAGAAUUUCAAAUCCAGAAAGAUCUAUUCUUGCUUCAAGCGCAGAACCAUGGAUUAUCCUUAAAAGCAUGUGGCUUCUUGACAUUUAAUAAUAAAACUUGUCUUAAUAUUGUAGGAAUAGCGCUGACUUACUUCAUACUAAUGCAAGGACUUUAAGAACUUAAGAAGCCAUCAAAUAUGCGAAUAUUAUUCAGGACAACAUCUUAUUCGGCCUUAUCUCAGAGAAACGCUUUAAAAACAAAGGAAAAAUAUGUUUUAUUUAUCUUUAUAUUUUUAUUCCGUUUCAAGAAAUGGAAAAAGAAAAUAAAUCCUAGGCAUCUUAGUGUUAAAUAUAAAAAGAAGCUCGAUCAAUCUUGAAAAUAAUUUGUAUUAAAAUGACGUAAAAUGUUAUUAGUAUGAUUUUAAUAAAACAUGGAUGGCUGAAUGCUAA